CAAAUUCGGUUGGUUUGGUUUCGAGACUCGAGUGGCUGUACCGCCUUGUACUUCGCGUACUGUGAUCUGUAAUUGUUUCGUUAUGGCUGAUACGAGCCUAAGCCUGGACGAUAUAAUUAAAAAGAAAUCAUUAGGAAUGAGAGGCAGAGGAGGGAUACGCAGGGGUGUCCCCAACAGAGGAGCACGAGCAAACGGUUCUAUGAGGGGACGUGGCUCACAGGUGAUCAGGGAUGCACGAUUUAAAAUAAUACAGAAGAACCGAGAGAAGCUGACCGACGCCAGAGACAAGCUCGCCGAGAUAGCAAAGCAGAGCGAUGCACGACUUAAGCUAGACAAGAUUCGUGCGUCUCAUUACAAGAAGAUAGAUACUCAGCUUUCAGGCAUUUCACGCAAGACUGGUCGAAAUGGUAGAUUGUCCUUGUCGACGAAUAAAAUGCCGUCUUUGAUGCAGCAUGUGUUACCAUCUAAUAUGCCAACCAAUUAUAUGCAACCUUCUACGAGAACGGUUGGAUAUAGACCACCUCUUGCUGAGCCUUAUAUAGGAGAAAUGAAUAUGGAUUAUACUGAUGAUUAUCUGACGGAUUCCCCUUCAUUGAGGAGGACUGUGAGUAACGAGUAUGCACCAACACCUCCACCUCCACCUCCUGUAUUCAAUAUUAAUCCGAUUUCUCCUUAUACUUGGGUGAAAUCUAGAAACACUAAUGUUACUAGGAUUCCAGCUCGAAAAUCUGAGAUAGAAAAGGAACGAGAGAGGCAAAGAGAUUACAAUAAACUCACUACACGCUCCGCGAUGGUAAAAACUACUUCACCUUCUUAUAAAGAAGAUUGGAAUUUUGGCACAAAAUCAAGAACAAUUGUAGCAGAGGAAACAGCAGAUUCCAAGUACUAUGAUUCCAGAAAUCUUCGAGAGGUAGGAAUUAAAUCACGUCUUGAUGCUUCUGGCAAUAAGACAAGAACAUUGAGCGUUUUAUCGCGGCCAAAAGCAAGUUCCAGUUCAUCGGCGCAAUCGAAUGGCUAUCGAAUUGUAGUAUCCAACUUGCAAGCCAAUGUCACGCAAGAAGAUAUUAAGGAAUUAUUCGAAGAUGUUGGAGAAUUGCUCGUAUCGAGACUAGUUCGUCCAGGUACAGCGGAAGUAAUUUACAAAACAUUAAAGGAUGCAACUAAAGCAGUUGAGACUUAUCAUAAUCGACAACUAGAUGGCCAUCCAAUGAAAUGUCUUCUCGUUAAUCCACGAUCAAAAAAUAAUCCCACUGGGCCAGCUGUUCGGUCUCUUACGGAAUCAAGACGUAGUAUCAGCUCAAGUUAUGUACAACCAAGUUUAGGAGCGGUACAUCGCGCCUUGUUUGACGAUUCUUAAUCGACUGUAUCCAUUUUGAUAAAACGACUAAGUUAAUAUGAAGGAAAGAAAUGUCUUGUGUAUAUGUGUAAUGGACAUUACGCAUAUUAUUCUUAGGAAAGCGAAAGGAGAAACGAUGAAAUCGCACUCGAUGUGUGCAACUCCAAUUCCCAGCUGUAAUUGUAUUAAUAAACUUAUACCACUUAUUAUCUUUGGUAGUGUAUAUGGUCUAAACGACCAAUAACACUGGAACGCUCGUAAAAUUUUUGUAAAUUAUUUUUAGAGAUAAACGUCUCUUAUAUUUUGUGCACUAUUUAAUUGUAACUUUAUUGUUAUGUCUUACUUUAAAUGUAUUAAGUUAUAAUGUAUUAAGAUCCAAUUUCUUAACUCAGGUCUAACUUGUUUCUUAUCUCUUUCCAAUUCUAGAAUGAACCUCGGUUAAGAAUCAUGAGUUGUGAAAUUGGGUUGUAAAAUCUAAGUAUCUAAAAUAUUGAGGUUUCAAACUAUUCUUUAAUAUUCAAGAUAAUAGAAAAGAUUCAGGCGUUCUAGUGUUAAAACGUAGAGAGAAAACUAAUUAAAAUAAUACGGCCAUGGAAUCACGUAAAUAUCGGGUGCAAGCUGCUUCUUGUACAUUUAAUAUACAAAUAAAAUGAUACUUCCUUCAGCAACUUUGAUAUUAUAUUAAAAAUAUGUAGAUUAAAUAAAUGAAGUCUCGAUGCGACUAUUCACGCGUGCGUACGAUCAGAAAUGUAAUUUAUUCAAAUUUAAUAUUAUGUAGUUUUCAUGGUUUCGAAU